AUGAUAGAUUUUCCAGAUGUGAAGGAUGAUCGCAGUUUAUAUAUGUGCACAAGAAUAUUGAAUGUCAGUAUGCUUGGGUCUCCGAAAUACAAUGGCAUGUUUGAAUUUGGUAGGAAGAAGCUGCAUGUCCCUGAUAUUUUUGCUCGUUCAAAAACCACGAUUUGUCUGAAAAGAUCGAAAAGAGGAAUCUUUCUUGAGAUGAUCGACAGUGACACAUUGAUAUACUCGCUCAAUGGGCGGGUUUUCAAAAUUGUUGGGAAAGAAGAGUUUGCAUUUAGUGUGAAUGAAAUAUGCAAGAGACUUGUUGUUGGGCAUGGAAAGGCAUUUAUUCUGACAAGUAAUCACUUAUAUGUGUAUAACCGCAUGAAUGUAGAGAUCCUGAGAAUGGAUGCACUUGAUCUUGUAACUUCUCCGUUUAAUGAGAUAUUUGUACUAACAGCAUCCAAGAUCCUGAUAUUUAAUGAGAAGGGAGCUAAAGAGGAGUAUGAAUAUAAUGGAAAUGCUACACAUAUACACUUCUAUCUGUUCAGGGAGCUUAUUGUUGUUAAUGAGAACACGGUGUUCCAUUUGAAUCUUAACACAGGAUUUGUAAGUACUUUGUAUUGCUCGAGAUCGCCGAUAAAGACCAGUGUUUUCCGAAACAGACUGUAUAUUGCAGAGACAAACAAGAUGACCUCUUUAAACAUUGAGGAAAGAACGUCUGAAUCCAUAUACACAGGCAGACACCUGAAAAUUGCAGUUGGGGACACGAUGAUUGCAUUGUAUAACACAAAUGGAGAGUUUAUUUUUUGCGACAGAUUUGACCUGAUAAACUCACACGGCAUGAUGUAUGAUAUUGAUGCGCAUGAAUUUCUUGGAUUCUUUUUUUGUGGAGAUAAGUGUUAUUUUUUGUUUAAUAACAGGAUAGUUAAAUGGAGCGCUGAUGGGAUGAAUGUAUCAGAAUUAGUAGAUGACGAAUCUGGGGAUUAUAGAGUUGAGUUUCCAGAUAAUAUGGAAGAGUUGAAGAAAUGGCAUAGAUUUAAUAGAAAAGUCAAAGAGAAAUUUGAGCCGGGCAAUGUAAACAAGAAGUUCCAUGAGAUGCUGAGGACCGUAUUCAGGAAGGAUGAAGAAGCGACAGCUAAGAAGGAAAACAAGAAGAAAGUAAAGUAUGUAGAGAGGAGACGCGGAGGAUUUUGA